CGGAGGCUGCAUUCAAAAAAAAAAAAAAAAACAGUAAAGGGGAGAGGAAAAGGCUAGCGCCCGUUAUUAUAACGGGCUUCAGAACACUAGUGACCUAUAAAGCCCUAAACAGUUUGGGCCCUGGGUAUUUAAGAGAACGCCUUCUUCGUCAUGAACCCCACCGCCCACUGAGAUCUGCUGGAGAGGUCCGCAUGCAGCUGCAACUGGCUCGUCUGGUGGCCACUCAGGGAAGGGCCUUCUUCGCUGCUGCCCCGAGGCUUUGGAAUGUGCUUCCUAGUGAAAUAAGAGCCUCCCCAUCUCUGAUAGCUUUUAAAAAGUCUUUAAAAAACACAUCUCUCCACCCAGGCUUUUAAUUAAUGAUGUUUUAAUGGGUUUAAUGCUGUUUUAAAAUAUUAUUUAAAAUUUUUAAAAAUUGUUGUCAUGUCCUCCCCCCCCAUUUUUUCCUUAACGAAUGUUUUACUUUGUUUUUACUCUGUUGUAAACCGCCCAGAGACGUAAGUUUUGGGCGGUAUAAAAAUGUUUUAAUAAAUAAAAUAAUAAUAAUAAAACAAUUCAAUUUCUAUACCGCCCUUCCAAAAAUGACUCAGGGCAGUUUACACAGAGAAAUAAUAAAUAAAUAAGGUGGACCCCUGUCCCCAAAGGGCUUGCAAUCUAAAGAAACAUAAGAUAGACACCAGCUACAGUCACUGGAGGCACUGUGCUGGGGGUGGAUAGGGCCAGUUACUCUCCCCCUGCUAAAUAAAGAGAAUCACCACAUUAAAAGGUGCCUCUUUGCCAAGUUAGCAGGGGUCAUGAAGCUCAUAUUUUAUAUGAACUUAUAUGAAGUUCAGAUUUUUUUUGCCCAAAUGUGCAAAAUAUCCCUGAGUCAUGCAUGAUCCUCAGCAGAGGUGUUGCGAGGCAGCCGGGGGACAAGGUUGACCCGGGGGCCUCAUGUGCACCCCCAGCACCCCAAGCCUCACAUCCCUUCUGUCUGAUGUAAGGGGGUGGGGCAACCUAGACUGCCCAAGCCUUUCCCUCCCCGUUUCCUUCAACUCACCGACACCAUUUGGUGAAGAGUGGGAUGGUGGCUGCCACCACCGUGGACAACAGCGGCACCGGCUCAUUGGCACGGAGCUGGGCCAGGUGCGGGGCUGCAGGAGGUCACCGUCCUCUGCUGGGGGCGUGGCGGUGGAGGAUCAGGGCCGGGAAGCCCCUCUGGUGGCUCCUGCAUGGCAGCCAGGGGGCGGAGCAGCGGGAAGAAGGAGGAGGAGGAGAAAGCGCUGCAUGCCCCAGCUACAGGGCACCAGCGCCCGGUGCAGUAAGGGCAGCGGCGGCAGGGCGCAUGCACCCCGAACCUUGUGGGCCACUUGUUGACCCUGUGACCCUCCAGGCGAGGGGACAUUUGUUCCCCCUUGUCCAAUGGAUGCUACGCUCAUGAUCCCUCAGGGAUAUAGUUUUGAGUGGCACAGAGCACUUCCAGGGGAAGAAGAGGUCAUUGAAAUUUGCCCCCAUCACUGAGCUAGCAGUGGAACUGAGAUAGUUAAACCUUUCAGGCACAGGCACUUCUCCCAUUGCACUAGUGCUUUGUUAGGAUGUCAGCUGUCCCUUUUAAACAGCAGUUUAAACCUAGGCAUGUAUUCAUUAAAAAAAAUGUAUAUCCCACCUUUCGGUCCUGAAAUUCAAAACGGCUUACAAAACAUCAGUUUAAAACAACAUAAAUGAAAAACAAUAUGAAAAACAUACCACCGGGCAAAAAAAAAAAAAAAAAAAACCAAACCCAAUAUCAAAUGAUGUGAAAAUGCCUGGCAAAACAGGUUAAGUCUUUGCUAGCUGUUGACACACCGCCAGAGAGGAAGUCAGACAGAUCUCUUGUGGUGGGGGAGAAAGGGACUUUCACAGGGUGGUGACAGCUAUUAAGUGAACUUCCACAGGAGGGAACAAAUGCUAGAAGGGGGCUUCGCUAGUCAUUCCCAGGGGGUGGGAUCAUGGGCAGAUUCAUGUGGGAGAAAGCAGCCCUUCAGGUCCCUGGUUCCAAGCUGUUCAGGGCUUUAAAAGUCAUCACCAGCACCUUGAUCAAGCUAGUCAAACUACUCACCAUACUACAAAAUAAUUUCAUCCAGGUAUGCUGUGAUGACGCACCUGGCUUUUUCAACAACUACAGUCUCAGUAAAUGUUCCCAUUGUAUUACAUUUUACGUAAUGUUAUAGAGACAAAGUUCAGAUUUGGCAUAAGUGUAGUGUUUCCCCAACAAGGAAACAAAGCAUUUGUUGGCUCCAGUGCCUCGAGGAAGAAAUAUUCUCUCUACACUCCUUUUUUCUUUGAGGGAAAUAAUCAAGCAAGCAGGCUUCUGAGCAAAAAAGCUCACAUCUGUGGAGGAUGGUGUUUACUGAGUCCUUGUGUCAGCCGAUCCAGCAGGCAUUCUCCUUCCUCUGCUUCUGGUGUGAGUAGCUUUCAAAAUGCUGGCAGACUGGCACCACCUCCUGGGGAACAAGACAGCUUUGAUUAUCCAUGGGAUAAAUCCAGCCUAAAGUCUAUGCCAAUAGACUUGAAACAGCUGAAGAAACUGGAUGCCUAUGCAUCUAAGGUGGAUGUCAAGGACAGUAUAGAAACUCUGGUGAAUACCCUGCUCCAAAAAGCUCAUGGUGACCUGGAGAAGGUCCGAGCCAUUUGGAUAUGGAUUUGCCAUCAUAUAGAAUACAGUAAAGCUGAGAAGUCAUAUGAGCCAGCUGAUGUAUUUCGGUUACGAAAGAGCAUUUGUGCUGGAUAUGCUGCCCUCUUUCAAAAAAUGUGCAGUAUUGCAGGGAUAGAAUGUAAGAGAUUGUUAGGAUAUUCCAAAGGGUCUUCCUACAAAGUAGGAAAAGACUUUAAGGACACUUAUCAUGCCUGGAAUGCAGUUUAUCUUGAUGGAAGAUGGCACCUGUUGGACAGCACCUGGGGAAGUGGCAGUGUGGAUGACACCUGCAGCAAGUUUACUUUCAGAUACAAAGAGUUUUACUUCCUUACCCACCCUGCUCUUUUUAUUAACAAUCACUUCCCCGAUGACCACAAGUGGCAGCUUCUGAACCCAACUCUGACCCUGCAGCAGUUUGGAGACAAUAUGCAGUAUAGAACUAAGUUUUACUCAUUGGGGCUGCUUGCAGCAUCCCCAGGAACCUCAGUCUUUGAAACAGAUAAUGGCAAAGCAACUGUUUUCAUUGAGAGCUGCUCUCCAACCUUCUUCCAGUCCACACUUAAUGGGGUAAAUGACUGCUGUUUAACGACACUGCAGAGGAAUGGAAUGAAGCUGGAAGUCUAUCCCCAGAAGAGAGGGACCCAUUGUUUGAAUAUUUAUGCCAAAGCUUCAAGAAGAGAGAACUAUAGCCAUGUUUUAGAAUACUCCCUGAAGUGCGGUUCUGUUCACAAAAGAAUCUGCUUGCCCACAGUACUCAUCCAGCCUGUGGGGCCCAGCUGGCACAGUGAAAAGAAAGGGAUUCUGAGGGCCUUGCCUUGCCACCCAAUAAUCCAUACUGAUGAUGGGCGUUGUGUUGUCACUUUCACCCAGAGUAAAAAUCUGGACUUCUUUGUCACACUGGACUCUGAUACCAGCAGUGUGCUAGAUGCUACAAGGAGGCGCCAUAUCUGGAAAACCUGUCGAGGAAACCAGGUGGAAUUAAAGAUUCACCUCCCCCAUGCAGGGGACUUUGCCCUUUCUAUCUGGGCAAAGAAAAUAUCUGAUCCAGUUAGCUAUGACUGUGCUCUCAGCUACCUCGUCUCCUGCUCAAACACAUUUGUGAGAUGGCCAGUUUUCCCAAAGAAUUUUACAAAUUGGGAGGAUGGUUUUGAGCUAGUAGCACCUCUUGUGGGUAUACUGCCAAGCAGCUGCAUGGCACAGUUCAAGCUCAAGCUUCCUGGUGUAGCUGAGGCAUCUGUUCAGUGUGGAGAGAUUCACCCAUUGAGUCUCAGUCAAGAGGGUUUCUGGGAAGGAGCUUGCCAUACUUCUGGUGUCUCAAAGGUGAUUGUCAGAGUGUCCAAAAAUGAUGACAAUAUUUUCUGGCCCUUGUUGGAGUACAAAGUAGAGAGCCAACAAAUGAGCAAUUAAUGGCAGUGGCUUUUGUUCCUAGAUGUACUCACCCUGUUUGAGGGGCCACAAACAGGAUGCCUCAAACAGGAUGCCUUUGAGUACAGGGGAGUAAUCAGCAGGAGAAAGGGCAUGCUCUCAUCUCCUGCCUGUAGGCUUCCAGUGCCAUCUGGUGGGCCAUUGUGUGAAACAGGAUGCUGGACUAGAUGGGUCUUGGGUCUGAUCUGGCAGGGCUGUUCUUAUGUUCUUAUGGGCCAUCUCUAUCUAGCCUUGAUACAGAGGGCAAUUUUAGGUACUUUGUAAAUAAAAUAAACAAACCAUCUCUCUCUCUC